AGGGAGGGUGAGAGAGGGAGGGAGGGAGAGAGAGAAAUCGUCAUUACUAGAGAGAGGGAGGGUGAGAGAGAGAGGGAGGGAAGGAGAGAGAGAGUGAAAUCGUCAUUACUAUCAGGAAGAGAGAGAGGGAGGGUGAGAGAGAGAGGG